AUGUUUAAACCAUCGUCAUAUAGUUGGUGUUGUUGGUGUCAUGUGCCACGAGUUCAAGAUCAUCCAACUGCUACUGUUCAUCAUCUAACACAUGUACCAGAGAAUGAAGAGGAAAAAGAAUUGCUUGCUUUUAAUUUAGCUCAAAAUCUGGGUGCAGGAACUGAAGAUCGCCCAUUUAUUGUCUAUCGUAAUCCUCAUGAAACGAACAGAGCCGCUUUAAAACGCUUACGUUUUGUUUGUAUGUCUGAUACACAUAAUGAAAUUGGUAAAAUCUCUAUACCAGAUGGUAAUGUUUUUGUACAUUGUGGUGAUGCAGUUAAACAUCGAACAAGUGCUCGUGAUCUUAGAAUUUUCAAUCAGUUUGUUGGUCAAUUACCUCACAAAUAUAAACUUUUUGUUAGUGGUAAUCAUUGCGUUUGUCUUAAUCCUCAACAACCAGAACAAAGUCAAAAAAUACUUAAUAAUAUGACAUAUUUACAAGAUCAAUUAGUUGAUAUUGAAGGUGUACGUAUAUAUGGUAGUCCAUGGCGACCAAAACGUGGUUGUUUUUAUCGAGCAGAAGCAUUUGGAUAUGAUGCAAAGCGUAUAAGAGAAGAUAAAUGGUCAAAAAUUCCUGAAGAUAUUGAUCUUUUACUUACACAUGGACCACCCUAUAGUAUACGUGACUAUAAUGAAUCAACGGGAGAUCAAUUAGGUUGUCCUGCUUUACUGGAUGAAAUUGUUACACGUAUUCGACCACGUAUUCAUCUUUUUGGUCAUAUGCAUUCUUGUUAUGGAGCUAGUUUAUACAAAAGUGACGAUAAUGAAAUAUUAGAAGGUGAUCAUAUGAAACUAAACUCAAAUAAUAUACUGUUUAUAAAUCUAGCUAUUCAUCAAGGAAAAACAUUUAAUCAACCUACUAUAAUUGAUUAUUUUUAUUAA